GUUUUUGAUGUUUUAGUCUGUCAUACUGUCAUUCUAUUCUGUUUAAAGAAGUGUCGAUUGAUUAACAAUCGUAAAAAGGUUAUUUAUUUGCAAUUUAACUAACAUAAUGGCUGCUGAAAUAAAGCCUGCGCCUAGGACACCUAACGAUAGAUUCUCCACUACAAAAAAACCAGCACUUUUAAAUAAAUUAGAAGGUUGUACGGACGAUGUAAACGCCGCUGUGGUGAUACCUGGCGAGGACGGUGUAAUUAGCGUUUGCGAUGAUAAAACAGUAAGAGUAUGGCUAAAACGUGAUUCAGGGCAGUAUUGGCCGAGCAUCUGUCAGUUUAUGCCAUCUGGUUGUACAUCUAUGUUUUAUACCCCAGAAACCAGACAGUUAUUUAUUGGGCAAGAAAAUGGCACUAUAUCUGAGUUCACACUAGCUACAGACUGCAAUAGAAUAAAUCCUACACGGGAGUACCUAGCACACACUGCACGGGUAACGGCUGUUGUGUUCUCCUUAAGUUGUGAGUGGGUGCUGUCAGUGAGCAGAGACAAAUUGUUCUCCUAUCACUGCAGUGAGACCGGCCGCAGGAUUGGUGGGUACUCUUUUGAAGCGUGGUGUACAGCUCUACAGUUUGACUCACAAUCAAAAUAUGCAUUUGUGGGUGAUUACAGUGGGCAGAUAACUAUGUUAAAAUUAGACAAUAAUGGUGCUGCUCUAGUCACUACAUUGAAGGGGCAUACUGGUUCUGUAAGAGUAUUGAACUGGGCUCCAAUACGCCAGUUACUGUUUAGCGGUUCCUUCGAUCAAACAAUCAUUGUAUGGGAUAUUGGUGGACAAAAAGGCACAGCGUAUGAACUGCAAGGACAUAGUAAUAAGGUGACGGGCUUGUGGUACGUGGGUGGGUGCGAGCGGCUGGUGUCGGCGGGCGAGGACGGCGCGCUGGGCGUGUGGGAGAUGGGCGUGCGGCGGCGCGAGACGCCCGCCUGGAAGGAGGCCGACCUGUGCCAGAUCUGCCACGCGCCCUUCAUAUGGAACGUGCGCGCCAUGAUGGAGAUGAAGCAGUUAGGGUUGCGGCAGCACCACUGCCGCUGGUGCGGGGCUGCGGUGUGCGCGACGUGUUCGCCGCACCGGCUGCCGCUGCCCGUCAUGGGCUUUGAGUUCCCGCAGCGCGUGUGCACGCACUGCUAUGAUACUCUUAGGCACGAACCGCGCGAGUCGCUCGCAUCGUUCCACGAUAUGAAGCAUGCAGUGACGUCAUUGUACGUGGACGAGGCGACGGGCCGCAUGUGCACGGCCGGCAAGGACCGCGUCAUCAAGGUGUGGGACGUCAGCGUGCUGCUCGCGCCCACCGCCGCGUCCACCUCCGGCUCCGCUUCCGUUUCCGCGCCCGCGCCCGCGUCCGCCUCGCGUGUGGGGCCCAGCGACCAAUAGCCACUGUGACCGCGCGCUCUCACCGCUCUAACGAAUACCGCUCGCGCGUAAUGUCGGGCGUUACGAAUGCACUUCGGAAGUGGUCGGUUGUGGUCGGGUAGGAUGCGUACGAUUACGAUGUCAGUUGAUUUUCGUCAUACAAUUGUUGUUAGGCGCUUUGAUUGGUAUUAAUUAAUUAAUCCAAGAAAUUGACUGUUGCGUUUAAUAGUUUCAAUUAAUAUUUUCGAGAUAUAUGAUAUUAAAAUUGAAAUUAACAGAGAAAUAAAGACGAAUGUUUAUACUAUCCUUGAAAAUAUAUGUAAAAAAAAUAAUAUAUUUUAAGCUACGUAGACGUAGAGUAUCAAAUUAAGUUAUCUUUUUAUUCUAUAUUUUGUUUUUAAACAAAAUCAUGUCUUUACAGUUCACAACAAAUUAUAUUUAGACUGAUUUUGGUACAUUAGAUUAUGUACAUAUCUAAUGUACCAAAAUCAGUAUAUAUCUAAUUUAAGUAUAGUUUGUACACAUCUAGGUGUCAUAACUCCAAAACAGCAUAUAACAUGUAUUAAAAAGAAAAUAACAAGUCCAUAUUAUAUAUGUAUAUAUAUGUAAUUAUAUUAUUAUUUAUACUGCGUUAAAAUUUAUCUUUAGCCCCAUUUUUCUUCCCUUUUUAGUCUUAUUAUUGUUCUGUUAAGCCAUGAUCAGCCCCAAUUAUAAAUUCUCUCCAUCUACGUUGCCUGGAAAAAAUCGCUAUUUAACGAUAAGGCCGCCCGUUGUUGCCUCUUUAUUUUACUGUUGUGUAAUUAAAUUUAUUUUAUUAUUAUUUUUUUUUUCUUUAUUGAACCACUAAAGAAUAAUAUAAAGAUAUGUAUAUAUUACUUAUGAAGUACAAAAUGCGGUCUUAUCGCUAAAGUAUUCUCUUUCAGACAACCUUAGGAUAGAGGAGAAAAGAAAAAGACGGUAGCUAUUUGGAGCAAGAAGUGAAACUAAAUAACAAAGAAAAAUGCUCAUGUUAAUGUUAUUAUUAUUAUUUUUUGUACAGAUAUUGUUAAUCUUUAUAAUCUGCAUCAUUCUAUGGAGGGAACAAAGAAUUUCCAUUCAUUCUUUAAUUAAUAAAUUUGUAAAACUGAAUAAUUUUUCUCCAAGAACAAAGAAAUACGGUAAUAAAUUUUAAACUUUCCAUACUGUUCUCCUACAUGGCUGGUUUACAUUAUAGAUUUAGUAUGAAAAGUAAAACAAA